CCGCAAAACAUAACAUUCUCAGACAUCCGCUAUGUUCCUUCCCACUAUUCUGUGAAUCUCCAUUUCUCCACCCGUCUCGGUUCGUUUGUUUUCCUCGCGACGCGGAGGAGAGCGUAGUCCUACGCGCAAGUAGGUGGAGAAAAUGAAAAGUUAACGAUAUUGACUAUAAGCGACAGCCAACACAGUGUGAAAGUGAAAGUGGCACCAGUUGGCAUUCCCAAAGACCGUCGUUUGAUCUGCUUUUCAUAGCUGUCCCAAUAGAGGGCUGUUACUGAGGGAGGUCUCCUCUUAGUUGGUGACGGUUACAGUAAGCGACACGGAGCCUGUACAUUGUCCUGGCCAGGUUUUUCCCCCAAGAUUCAAUAAGGUUCAAUUUCAAGUCUUUGACUAGUGGUGUGGAGGCCAAGAUGUCAUCGACGAUGCCAAGCUCUAACAACAUAGCCCAAGCCAGGAGGACAGUACAACAGCUGAUGAUAGAGGCCAGUAUUGAGAGGAUAAAGGUAUCCAAGGCCUCGGCGGACCUCAUGCACUACUGUGGCGAACACGCCAAGUACGACCCUCUGCUCAUGGGCAUCCCUGCCUCAGAGAACCCCUUCAAGGACAAAAAGCCCUGCGCUAUAUUGUAGUGAAGGCCUUUUUAUUUAUCUGUUUGCUUCUUAAUGUUGCCUGUAUUUUAUUAUCCGGGGAGAAUUGUGAUCUAAAACCACUACUCAUCCAUCGACCUUGCCUUAAAGCCUGUAACGUUACCCUUUAAUGAAAAUGCUGUAUUUUAUCACUCAAUUUGAACUUGCCAUAGUUACAUACAUAACAUACAGUAAACGGUUAGAAUAUACACUACCAUUCAAAAGUUUGGGGUCACUUAGAAAUGGUCCAUUAAAAUAACAUCAAAUUGAUCUGAAAUA